AUGAGCGAUCUUGAUAGGGCGAUCGCCCAACUACGCGCCUGUCGCUUGAUACCCGAAACCCAGGUCCGCGAACUCUGCUACAAGGCGCGAGAGCUCCUCAUAGAAGAAGGAAAUGUCGUCUGUGUAGAUGCGCCAGUCACGAUCUGUGGUGAUAUCCAUGGUCAGUUUCACGAUUUGAUGGAGCUCUUCCGAGUCGGAGGAGAUGUCCCCGACACCAACUACCUCUUCAUGGGCGACUUUGUCGAUCGCGGAUUCUAUUCCCUUGAGUCAUUUUUACUACUUCUCUGCCUCAAAGUGCGCUAUCCAGACCGUAUCACCCUCAUCCGUGGAAAUCACGAAUCGCGCCAAAUCACAACGGUCUAUGGGUUCUAUGACGAGUGUAUUCGGAAAUACGGCAGCGCCAACGUAUGGCGUUAUUGCUGUGAAGUCUUUGACUAUUUGGCGCUAGGCGCCCUUGUUCUUGGAACAAGCUCGGAACUUGAACCGACAGGACCCGUUAUGAACGAUUCUACUCAAACCGGAGCAGUCCUCUGCGUUCACGGCGGUCUCUCUCCUCUAAUCGACACAGUCGACAAGAUCCGUCUAAUCGACAGAAAACAAGAAGUUCCUCACGAAGGCGCCAUGUGCGACCUGUUAUGGUCGGACCCUGAUGAAAUUGACGGCUGGGGAUUGAGCCCGCGCGGUGCCGGAUUUCUGUUCGGCGGGGACAUCGUGAAGCAGUUCAACUACAGAAACGACCUAUCCCUGAUUGCGCGCGCCCAUCAGCUUGUGAUGGAGGGCUAUAAGGAGAUGUUCGACGGCGGGAUCGUCACUGUCUGGUCAGCCCCCAACUACUGCUACCGAUGUGGAAACGUGGCAUCCAUUCUGGAACUCGGCGAAGACACAAGCAACGGUGGUACGGUGACUAGAAGUAAUGGUGACUACGGACGGAGCAACGGCAUUAUGACAGUCGACAGGCCAGGUGUGAGGAGUCCCGGAAGAAGGUACAGGGUUUUUGAAGCCGCUGCGCAGGAUACAAGGGGCAUGCCCGCUAAAAAGCCUGUUGCAGAUUAUUUCCUGUGA